UGACGGUACGCUAAUAGUGCGAUCCCAUGUCUACUCCAUUGAGGCUAAUAGGAUUUACUCUCAAAGUUUAGGAUUGCAGCCUGUAAUCCCUCUGAAUGCAGUAUCAUUUACUUCCGCGUAAGUAUGCUCUGUAGUUGGACGUCAAGUCUGAUCCAAUGGGGGUUUUCUGUAUGAGGACAUUUCAAAGCUACUUGCAAAGGAAACAAGUAACCGAGUAUUGUAACAAUAAUCCGCUUGAACUGCGGGGUAAUUAAUCGAUUAAGGCUGCAAUUCUAAACCCAUUUACUUGUGACCAUUUGACCUGACUGGAACUUCUGCGUAAAUAUGCUUCGGACCUUACUACACUUCCUUGUGUACAAGCAAUCAGCCACUCCGGCCACAAGAGAAAGCAAGCCACCGAUUAAACCCCGCCCAUCGUCGCAAAUGUCGGACUUGGAGCCGUAAAGCGACAGGCGAGGGAAUCCACGUGAGAAUCAGAGCUGGAAGUUCGACAACAUGGGGAAGAGGAAAGGCCGCCGACAGCAGCAACACCAGCAGUUAAUCAGUAGCUUAAGUAAGAAGCAAAAGAAGCACCUCAAGGAUUUCGGGGAGGAGCACCCUUUUCAUGAUCGGGUUUCUGGGAAAGAAGAACCAACUCAAAUCUGUGAACUGUCUGAAACUUCUGAGCAGUCAAGCUCAGAAAGCGACACAGAGAAUGAUUCUGAACAAGUCUCGGUAUAUCACAAGCUACUGGCCACCUUAAAAAAUGCUCCACAUUCAGACAACGAGGAGGACGAAGAGGAUGAAUCGGAAGGAGGAAGUGACAAGGAUGACACAGAAGUGGGCAGUGAUAAGGAUGAGGAAGAAGAAACAGAGGAUGAAGACAAUGACAUAAAUGUGCCUGACCCAGAAUCAGCACUUCCGCAGAAAAACAGCCAGGAGGAACCUGGAGGUCCAGAUACUUCUAGUGACCUAAAACAUGAAGCUACAGAAGAAUUCACAGAUGUGCUACAUGAAUCUGAGUUUAGUUUGGAAACCAAUUUCAUAGAAGAACAGUGUGGCAAUCCCUCGGCAGAUCAGAAACAAAGCAGUUGUUCUGCAGGCGUUGCAAAAGAUCCAUUUAAGUGUCACAUGGAUGGAGAAUUGGAAGAAAAAGAAAUAGAUAAAAUUCUUGCAUGCUCAAAAUCUACCAGCCAAGUCAAGUGGCCAGUGUUGGGUCAGUUAGUUUUUUCUUCCACACUGGAGAAGUUUGGAAUGAUUAAGCCAGCUAAAGAAGUUGAUCUGAAACAGCUUCAUCUUCGCAAGCCUUUAGGAUCCACUUGGCCAAAAGUGAACAGCCCGUUUCUUUCCAUGAAGGCAAAGUCAAAAGAACAGCUGUUUACUCCAUUACAGAAAGAGCUUUUCUGCAUUAUGAACUCAUACAAAGACUUGUUCUACCCAGAGAGGACUGCUUUAAGAAACGGGGAAGAAGUUCGUCACGUCUACUGCCUGCAUGCCCUGAAUCACGUCUUGAAGGCAAAUGCACAAGUGCUUGGCAAUAAUGCCAAGCAAAGGGACCAAAAACCUGGCAUUGAUGAUGAUGGUUUCAGGGAUCAAGGACUCACUAGACCAAAGGUGUUGAUAGUGGUACCCUUCCGGGAAUCUGCUUUACGUGUGGUGCAGAUUUUCAUCAGCCUCCUUGAAUCAGCAACUCAAAAGAAAAUUGAUGUGAGUAACAAAAAACGGUUCAAAGGGGAGUUUGGCUCAGAUCCAGAAGAGAGACCUCCAAAUCUGAAAAGGCCGGAAGAUUAUGAAGCUGUCUUUGCUGGAAAUAUUGAUGAUCACUUCAGGAUAGGUGUUGCUGUUCUUCAGAAGAGUAUGCGACUGUAUGCGCCAUUUUACUCCUGCGAUAUUGUCAUUGCAUCUCCCCUUGGCCUGAGGACGGUUGUUGGAGCUGAGGGGGAGAACAAAAGAGACUAUGAUUUCCUCUCGUCAAUAGAAAUUCUUAUCAUCGAUGAAGCUGACAUCUACCUAAUGCAGAACUGGGAGCAUGUUUUGCACCUGAUUAACCACAUUAACCUGUUGCCUUUGGAAUCUCACGGGGUGGAUUUCUCACGGGUGCGAAUGUUCAGUCUGAAUAACUGGUCCAAGUAUUAUCGGCAAACGCUGCUGUUCAGCGCCCUCCAGGAUCCUCAGAUCAACUCCAUCUUCAAUAAGCACUGCUUCAAUUACAGGGGACAGGUCGCUAUAAGGAACAUCCCUUUGAAGGGCUCCAUCAGUCACAUUGUAGUACAGCUUCCUCACGUUUUUCGCAAGCUAGAAGCUCAAAACUCUGUUUCAGUAAUAGAUGCAAGGUUUCAUUUUUUCAUUGACAAAGUGUUGCCCGAGUAUCGCGAUGCAGUCAUGUCGCACACACUCAUCUGCAUCCCGUCAUAUUUUGAUUACGUGCGUCUUCGGAACUACUUCAAGAAGGAGGAGUUGAGUUUUAUGCACAUAUGCGAAUACACCAGUAAAUCUGGCAUUUCCAGGGCAAGGCAGUACUUCCUAAAGGGAGAGAAGCAAUUUCUGAUUUUCACAGAGCGUUUCCACUUUUAUAAAAGGUAUUCGAUUAGAGGCAUCAAGAACCUUAUUUUUUAUGAACUGCCGACUUAUCCCCAUUUCUAUAGCGAGAUCUGUAAUAUGAUGAAGCUGGCAGGCAGUGGGGAAGAGGCCACAUUGACCUGUACGGUCCUUUACUCAAAAUAUGAUGCCCAGAAGAUGGCUGCAGUGGUGGGUGUCGAUCGGGCGGCCCAAAUGCUGCAGUCUUCCAAAAACGUGCACCUUUUUGUCACUGGGGAAACGGAGUGAAAUAAGUGGUGGAUUGAAAUUUUGAAUGGACUCCUUGGACUGUUUAGCUUAGUAUUGGGCCCUUGUUUUUCUUCUCGAAUGAGUGUUAGAAGAAUAAGGUUAUUCUCCUGUAAUGCUUUUGGGGUUUUUUUAGAGGACACACUUGACAAGCAUAUAUUUUAAGUGAAGAAAUAAAGAUAUCCCAAGAAGUGUGCAUUUCUUUUUUUCUGCUACAGUAGACUAUGUCAUCUUUACAUGCAAGUAUUGUACAGAAUAAUCACAGCUUCUCCAGUCCUGUGCCUUUGCUGAUAUCGGUACAGACGGUGCUGAGUCUUGUUUCCAUUUGGGGAUGGCAAAGACUGCUUUAUUUUUUGAAGUAUCUCACUUCUAGCAUUGCACCAUCAGUCACGUUGGAAAGAAAACUAACCUAUAUGAUUGUCUUAUGGAUGGAGAAAUGGAAAUCAUGAACUAGUACCCAAGACUGUUUUGAACUCUUUUCUGUGGGGAUGGAGAAGCUGUGACCCUUCAGAUGUCGUUUGACUACAAUGGUCAGAGAUGCUGUAAUCAAUAUACUAUCUAAUAGAGUACAGUUCUAUUAAAGCAACUAGCAGACCCUGGCUCAAAUCCAUCCCCCUGAGAAGUCCCAUUCAAAGGAUAUAGGGGACAAGCAGAUGCAAGCUAUUCUUGAGGCUCUAGGCCACCAUUCUCCACCUUUUUCUCUUAAGUGAUCUCCAGUACAACUAGUUGCUGAUCAAAAUGCUACUGUGCCCAGAAAAACACAGCCAGUCGCUCACUGUCUGGAUAACAAGACUGGAUUACUGCAGUGCACUCUGUGGGGCUUCCCUUGUGCUUGACCCAAGAACUGCAAUUAAUGCAGAAUGCUGCAGCACAGUUGCUGACAGGAGUGAGACUGUCGGCAUAUAACACCUCUGCUCAGAGAUCUGCACUGGUUGCCAAUUUGCUAAUGGGCCAAGUCCAAGGUAUUACUAUUAAUAUAUAAAACCCUUAACAGUUUGGGACCAGUUUAUGUGCAGGACCAUCAUACCCCAUAUGACCCCCUCGGCCACUUUGAUCUGCCGAACCGGCACUGUUACAGAUGCCACGUAAUACUCAUUUCACUCUUAAUAAGAAAUCAUUAAUUUAGUGUGGCAGCAUCUAUGCUUUGGAACUCCCUACCUAUUAACAUCAGGCAGACACCUUCACUGUAUUCCUUUUGGCACCUGCUUAAAACAUUUUUGUUGAGGCAAGCUGUGAUGCCCCUGUAUUUUGAUAACUGUAAAUAUGGUAAGUGCAGGUUUAUUAAAAUAUACAUGGUAAGUGGAUUGAGUGAGAGGGGGGAGUACAUGGGCUAGAAUGCUGGAGAAUGCUGUAUGAUGAUUGGCUGAGUGUUUGAGUGGCUGAAGGUAUAAAUGAGAGAAUGACAGUUGAGAGAGGGGCGGUUGGUUGUUUGGUUGUGGGUUGGAUUAUAUUUGGCUGGUAUUGAGGCAGAUUAUAUAUGGCUGGAAACAUAAAGAGUGACACUAUAUGAAACCAUACACUUGUUAAAUAUACCUAAAGUAAUCUUGUUAUUUCCUGGUGUUUAAAAAUAAAUAUUAUUCUUGGUUUACCAAAACCCUGAUCCUUGGCUGGGGUUUACACAGACCAGAAGGGAGGGCAGGGUAAUUACCAAGGCGGAGAAACAGUAUCAAAUGGUGGCAGCAGUGAAGAGAUAGUGUAUCAUCAAGUAUCCAGGGCAACCCAGGGCUGUAUGCUUUAUAGGCACAAAGAUACAGGGGGGUUGUGGCUGCAAGUGCACCCAGACACAAAGUAACAAUAAGGCCAGAAGGGGACUAAGGCAAAGACCU